AUGCGCGUGAAGUUUUUGCAUCGGCGGGCGCGAAAGGGGCAGCAACAGCCAGAGGUGGCAGUGCUGGUCUCACCGUCAUCACAGUCAUCGCCGCCAUCGCCGUCAUCAACUCCGCCGGCAACUGCCAAGUCAUCCGUCGCGGCAUCGACGGCGUCGGACGACGGUCACUCACUCAAGCGGCGGACUAGUGCUCUCAGCUCGAUCCCGAAUCUCAGCCUCCGCACAUCGUUUGGUAGAAUGAGACGGCCACGGUCACCACCGCCGCCUUACGCGCUCACAGACACGUCUGUGCCCAAGCCAGACGAUGCUGUUUCUGUGGUGACAAUAUCUACUGCUGCGGCAGAACAGGCAUCCGAGGAUGUCGAGGCCAUCACAGUGGUGAAACAGGCGAGCAGCCCGACUCACGACCCCAAGACGGUUGCUACUGUCGACGUGAAGACCAUGAUAGAUGUCAAGACGGAUUCCAAGGUGGAUUCCAAGGUGGAUUCCAAGGCCGAUGCCGAAGAGGCCGCCGAGGAGCUUCUGCUGGACGUUGCAACCGCACCCUUCAACGACCUUCCGCUGCCAUCCUCGAGAGAGGUCAGCAAAUUCCGCCGCCUGGCUCACCCCGUCGUUGUUCCGCGUCUGCAUCACGGCAACACCGUGCCCUUUGCGCGCGGCUACGCACCGUGCCUCGGCGACACCCAUGGUAUCGACACCGCCACGUUCCUGGCCUUUAUCGACGGCCUCAACCUGGUCACGUCGCCCCACCCGGCCGUCAUGAUCUUGUCGAUUGUCUCGUUCGCCAUGGAGUUUGUGCCGCUUGACUACGCCAACGGCAUCGGUGCCGUCGCGCAGCUGCUGGCCGAAGUGACCGCCGCCAUCGUGGCCUAUAAGCGCGGCAAGAUAUUCCUGGCGCGUGCCAACGCUAUGCUGUUUGAGCCGCGCGGCCUGCACGUCUCCAUUGCCAAUACCAAGCGCAUGCGCGCCAUUCUCGGCAUCGCGCCCAAGGCGCCGCUGUUGGCGCCGCUCAGCGAGGAGACCGUCGAGCUGGCUACGCUGGAGCGGUGCAUGCGCCACUUCAACGACUCCGGCUGGGCGGCGGCGCUCGAGCUGGAGACGCGCACAGGCUGCCUUAUGCCCAUGGCGAAGCCGUCGUACCGCGAAGCGGCGGCUGACGUGGCGGCGCGCUGGCAUCCGGACUACGUGGCGGACAGAAAAGAGAAGAAGAAAAGCGGCGAGGGCGAUGAUGACGGUUCGGAGGUGGAUGACACGGAUGAUGGUCGCCCGCCGGCGCUACGCCGGGCGCCUUCGACGUGGGAAACCGUGGGCUGUGCCGUCAACCACGGGCUGGCCAUUGUGGCUGACAAACACGUGCGCUUUGAUAUCAAGAUGGCCGAGAAGGAGGCGCGCCGGGCACGGCGGCGGGCCUGGAAGCGCUAUGCCAAAGGCAAGAAGCUCAAGGAGCCCUUUGGCGAAAAGUACCGUGUGCGCCACUUGUCGUGGAUCCUGGUGCGCAACCUGGAUGACGUGAGGCAGGAAAAGGCCGAGAAGGCAGCUGCGCACGCGGCCAAAAAGGCAGCCAAGACUGCUGGCCGCACAACUAAGCAGUCACGGGCUAAGGUGGUGACAUAA